AUGCCCGGGUCACCAUUCUUUUCUCUUUGUCGGAAACCCCGGCGUAGAAAUACACACAAAGAUCAUACAAGAAGACAGCAGUACGGUCUGCGCUGGUUCGAGAGCCCAAUUGAUGAAAAAGGACAACUGUAUCGGCAUUCAGACGCCACUCCAAUCGAACUAUUUUUUGACUUGUUCUUCGUCGCUAAUCUAUCGACCUUUACUGCCACGCACGAAAUCAACAAUGUGGAGGCUUUGGGGGCAUAUAUAGGUUUCCUCGGGGUGAUCUGGUUUACCUGGCUCCAAGUGACGCUCUUCGACGUACGGUUUGCACGAGAUUCGGUUUUCGAACGAGUUUGCAAAGCGGCACAAUUGGCUGUCAUGGUCGGAUUUGCUUCGGCCGGGACACGGUUUACGACUCGAGUCCAAGGUGAUAACGUCUGGGCGUUUCAGUCGCUGAGUCUGCUAUUGGCCGGAAGUCGGACGCUGUUAGCGAUACAGUAUACCUUCAACCGUCGCUUUUUUCGUGGAAGGAUGGAGAAUACUGCCAGAGGCAUGAAACAUAUCGUCGCAAUUCUUGGAAUUUCCAGCGUUGCCUAUCUCGGACUGUUCUUUGCCUUCAAGGAACGAAACGGUGUUCAGACCUACAUAUGGACCGUUUGGUUUGCGGUAUUUGGAUUCGAGAUGUGGAUGGUGAUGGGAAUAUCCGGCGCCACCCCUCAUAUAGGUCUCCAAGACACACAUCUCAACGUGCGAAUGGGACUCCUUACGUUGAUCAUCAUUGGAGAAGGCGUCAUAACCAUCACCAGAAUUGUGAACAAGACAGUACGGCCUGGCGGUUGGACCAAGUGGUCGUUUGUCCAUAUUUUGGGUGUCACUAGUAAUGUUUAUGUUUUAUGGCAGGCAUAUUUCGAUGUUACGCCACGAGAUGCCUUUGGGAAGAUCACACAGCAACUGUGGGCGCAGCUUCACUAUCCUUUUCACGUAGUGCUGAUCCUCCUGCUUGAGGGAUCAGGUAUUCUUGCUUUGACGCUGGACAUAACGUUGAAAAUCACUUACCUGACAGAGACGAUCCUGUUCGCCUGCGAGGAACCGCGACCCAACGCUGAACGGGCCAUUAAGCUUCUGCGAAGUACUAUUGCAGAUAUGGAAAUUGAUUACAAUCGUGGGGCCAUCAAAGAAAAAGCAGUGAUUUCGGCCAUUUUGGAGGACCUACCGAACCGGCCGUUGUGUCCAAACAGUACUGCUGUGGCUCUCUAUUCUUUGACGGAUGAUCGGAUCGACGAUCUUGUGGGAAAUGUCACGGCGGCCCUGUUCUCCAGUAUGGGGCUCAAUCCGGCCGAAGGAACGGAUAUCAGUCAGCUGAACAAUGUUCAACUCCUACGAAUGUAUAUGGAAGUGCUGGGAUUUGUGUAUGUGUAUUACUUUAUAGUCGCCUCGUUGGCAAUGUUUCUCUUUGCGGCUUUUGUGGUACUAGCUCGCCGCCACACUCGCAAAGCGUAUGUUGCCGUUGGGGUUGCUGUCCGCAUUGUCUUGGCCAUUUUCCUUUGCGGGUUGAUCUCCUUUGCGAGCCAUUUCCGGUUGGCAUACUCCUUUAUGACGUCUCCGACAAUACUCUACGCUUUUACAUUUGUUUUAUUGUUCGGUAUGCUUCGUCUGCCAAUUUCCUUCGCCCAGAGUUUCUAA